GGAUCAGAGGAAAGUAUAUGAAACAGAUUAAAUUAGUCAAGUUGUGGUCCUACGCCAAUCCAUUAUUAUUUACAUUCGGUAAAAUGGUCGAAUCCAAAUUUUGACAUGGGUUAGUAAAACCUACCGAUCUGAUUUUUGGCGGUAACGAUCAACGGAGCGAACAAUAGCUCGAGAACAACGAUAGAAGUUCGUGAUGGAGAUAGAAAGAGAAAGAAAGAUUCGGAAGGGGCUUUGAGCAAAGCCCAUUUGAAAUGAGACAUCAGUUUGGUGUAGAAUGUGGUUAGCGACGGACGUCACCCAGUCAGGUGAACCACCGGAUCGGGCCUCGAAAAUGGCCGGCGGAUCACGACAGUACCAUUUACCCAUAUUUGAGUACAAGUGGUUCAUGGGAAUUUUGUGGCUGAUGGCAGCAAAUCCCGAACUAACCGGAACAUCCUUCAGCAGCAGCAUCGGCAGCAGCUUCGUGUCAGUGAGGAAGUUCAGUGUGGAAGUUCUGCCAUUCUGGAAUCCCGAACGAACCGGAACAUCCUUCAGCAGCAGCUACGGGUCAGUGUGGUGUGGUGGAGUAAGCGGUGCGGAACGGCAUGCUAUUAUGGAACUGGUGACAGCUGGCGGAUGGUAACUCUCCCGGACGCAGAUAUGCUGAAUGCUGAAUGAUCCGGUUAAAUAGUUGCGACUGACCGCAUAGAUCUGAAAAAUUUAAAGAUCAUAUAUAAAUCCUAAAUCAUUUUAUUAAACACUAAUCAACUUACGCCUCCAA